GUUAAAUCUCUGUGUUUAUGUUUCCCUUUAAUUGUUGAUUUAAUUGUUGAGGUGAUUUAAAGUUGAGUGAUUAAGAAACAAUUGAAUCAACUGUUUGUGGUGUUUGCAUUUAAAUUACGAUUUCAAUUGGAACAUAUCAAGGAUCGUCUUUUGUUUAUUGCGAGAAAAUUUUUUAUAAUUGAAUUUGAGUUAUAAUUGAAGUUUGUUUGAUUGUUUGUGUCGUUGGUGUUGGUGUUUUGAAUUGGACUUUUGGAGAUGUCUGAGUUUCGAUCACUUGGUUUAAGUGAUUGGCUUGUUAAGAGACUUAGUUCUCUUGGUAUUACUAAGCCUUCGGCUAUUCAAAAAUCUGUGAUUCCUGUGUUGUUAAGGGAAAGACGUAAUGUCUUUGGUUGCUCGCAAACGGGUACUGGUAAAACUUUGGCUUAUGUACUUCCGAUAUUGGAACGACUUGUGGUUGAUCCAAGGCCAUAUUUUGCUCUGAUUUUGGCACCAACUCGAGAAUUGGCUCAUCAGAUCCACGAUGUUAUAAAAGUGUUAGCUGGACCUAAGAGUAAAACCGCUAACGCUUUGGUUACAAGUUUACUAAUUAUCGGUGGAGGAAAUUAUGGUGUUGAAAAUGACAGUGAAGAUGUUCAAGGUCUUUGGUUAGGUAAACCAAAUAUUAUUGUUGCAACUCCUGGUAGAUUUUUGGACCAAAUAAUAAACCGUAACUAUCUAGAUGUUUGUGGAUCCAAACGUAGCUUCAAAUUUGAGAUUUUAGUUAUGGAUGAAGGUGAUCAACUGAUUACUCCAGGAUUUUGUUUACAAUUGAAAAAUCUUCUCGAUUGGAUUGAUUCAAAAGAGUCUGGUAAUCAACGACGACAAACAGUAGUGUUAAGCGCUUCAUUAACACCGGCAUUGGAAAAAUUGAAACAAGUUUUAGCAGAAAAAGAUGAAGAUCGUCAACCAAUCGUUAUUGAUUUACUACCAACAAUUGACUCAAUCAAAAAGGAAUUAUCAACCAACCCUUACCUUGAUCAAAGGUAUUACCUGUGUCCAUCUAAUGUUAAAGCAGCGUUUUUAGUGGAAACCCUUUUGGAUUUAGAUUUUAAACAGUUAAUCAUUUUCUGUGCAACCAAACGAGAAGCUAAAUUGAUCCAUAAAAUUUUGAUAACCCUUGGAUUUGCUGGUAAAGAUUUCAACUUAAAUCCAGUUCUAUUAAAUGCUGAUCUUAAACAAUCCUUACGAUUUGCUGCAAUCGAUAAAUUUAAAUCACUUAAAUCUCGUAUAUUGGUAACAACGGAUCUUGCAAGUCGAGGUCUUGAUUUACCUUUGGUCGAUUUAAUUAUCAACUAUGAUUGCCCAAAAUCUGCUGUUAGCUAUGUCCAUAGAGUUGGUCGAACUUGUCGAAAACCUCAUUUAUCUCAAUCAAUUAGUUUACCUGUUCCCGAAUUAAUGGAACAAUCUUUAGCUGUGGAAGAUGAUGAACAACCAUCAACUUCGACUGAGACUCCAAUCGACACGAAAAACGCAUUAACGCCUCGAGCAGUUAAAAAGAAACACAAAUUCCUUGGAAAAGCAAUUACAUUGAUCAGUCAAUAUGAUAUUAAAUUGUUGAAAAACAUAGAAACGUUUAUUGGUAUUCGAAUGGAACAAGAAGAUGGAAUCGACGAAGAACAUUGUAACGAGAUAUUGAAGCAGGUCACUUUUGCCCUGAAAGACGCUGAGAUCGCAGUUGAGAAAGAGGAACUUGAAUUGGCUGAAGUAAAAGGAAUCGAUUUGGACGAGAAAAGGAAGAAAAGAAAAGUUAAUUGAUUUCCAACAUUAUAAUUAUCCAAAUAGUUAAUUGUAGAUUGUGAAAACUUUCUUUUAUUUAAUUUAAAUUCGUUUGUUUGUUUUGUGCUGGUUUUUUUUCUAUUUGUUUAUCAAUUUCAAUGGAAAAGAUUGACUGUGUAAAAAUUGUUUCCAUCUCAUAUACACUAUAUUUUCAUCAACUGAUUUAUAAGAUACAAAAAGAGAGAAAGAUUCAUUAAAAUAAUCUAAAAAUUGUAA